AUGUCGUUGAAACAGGAAAUAGAAACCUGGGUGUCGGCCUUGGGCAAAUACGACAACAAUGAGUUCGAUGAGGCCCUCAAGGAUUUCGAGAAAAUCUCCGACACGUCCAAAAUUCUCUUCAACAUGGGUGUCAUUCAUGCCACAUUAGGAGAGCAUGAGAAGGCUGUUGAAUGCUACCAGCGAGCCAUUAAGCUUGACCAGUACUUGGCUGUCGCCUACUUCCAGCAGGGCGUCUCAAAUUUCCUCCUUGGCGACUUCGAGGAGGCGCUCGCCAAUUUCAACGACACUCUUCUCUACCUUCGCGGAAACACAAUGAUCGACUACGCCCAACUGGGGCUGCUCUUCAAACUCUACUCUUGCGAAGUCCUCUUCAACAGAGGUCUUUGCUACAUCUAUCUGCAACAAAAGGAUGCUGGCUUGCAGGAUCUGACAUACGCUGUCAAGGAGAAGGUCGUGGAAGACCAUAACGUGAUUGACGAGGCGAUCCGGGAAGAGGCAGAGGGAUACACCGUCUUCUCGAUUCCCGUUGGCGUCGUCUACCGACCGAACGAAGCAAAGGUUCGCAACCUGAAGACAAAGGAUUAUCUCGGCAAGGCCAGGCUAGUCGCCGCCUCCGACCGCUCGAAUGCUUUCACAGGCUUUGCUGGGUCCGAGAUCAAGAAUGCCGGCAAGAACGACGUCAAGGAUGACAGACCCAGUGAUAACAUCUCCUUCGCCGCCACCAAUCUAGUCAAACCCGGUUUGGCAUCCAGAAGACAGCAAUCCGAGCCGCCCAACGGCCGCGGCGUCUUUCCUCCCACGCCCCCACCUGACCAGGUCGAGGCCAACAAUGGCGCCACCAUGACUCGUGGACAGUCUGUUCGCAACGGGCCCAAGCCGAUGCUUGCCAAGCUGAACAUUGAAAACUCACGACCUAACGAGCGAUACCAGAAGACAAGUAGCCCUAACGACCGGAGAGGACCUCCGCCCGUGAUGAGAUCUGAGUCGCGGUCCGCUACGCCUAGUAGAGGAUACUCUAGACGCGACCUUCAGAUGCGUGGACGGUCGGCCGAUGAGGAGCCGGAAGAUGCGUACCCCGAUGAACUGUACGAUAUGUACCAGAAUGGCAACGGCACAAGACCGAGCCGACAACUCUCCCGCCGUGGACCGCCGCAACGGUACAUGGACGAAGAGGAGGACGGUUCCGAUUAUGGCUCCUUCGAUGAGGGCGACUUCGAAAUGGUGUCCAACAGACGCCCGGGCACAAACUCAAUGUCCUCUCGUGGCGGUUCAAGAAGACCCGAAGUCCGCAAGAUUCGUGUCAAGGUCCAUGCCGAAGAUGUGCGGUACAUCAUGGUCGGCGGAGCGGUCGAGUUCCCUGACUUUGUCGAUCGGAUCCGCGAGAAGUUCGGUCUCCGCCGGAGAUUCAAGAUCAAGAUUCGCGACGACGACGUGCCAAAUGGCGAUAUGAUCACCAUGGGCGAUCAAGAUGAUUUGGAUAUGGCUCUCAUGAGCGUGAAGAGCCAAGCCAGGAAGGCAAGGCAAGAAAUUGGCAAAAUGGAGAUCUGGGUUCAAGAAAUUAUGUAG